AGCGUCUGGUUCUUUCCCGUGUACCGUGCUUGGAUAGGAGGUAGCGAUUAUUUAUCAUAAAUUGUAAUCCUCAAACAUCCUAUCCUAUGUCAUUUGCGAGUAUUUAGUUUUUAUAAAAUAUUGAUCAGUGAAAAAUGGCUAAAUCUUCUGAGAAGAAGGGAAAGAGUGCCAUCAACGAGGUGGUGACUCGUGAAUAUACCGUGAAUCUUCACAAGCGUCUCCAUGGUGUUGGAUUUAAAAAACGUGCUCCACGAGCCAUCAAGGAGAUUAGGAAGUUUGCGGAGAAACAGAUGGGAACGCCCGAUGUGAGGAUAGACACACGUCUCAACAAACAACUAUGGUCCAAGGGCAUCAGAAAUGUUCCAUUCAGAGUUCGUGUUAGAUUAAGCAGAAGGAGGAAUGAUGACGAAGAUUCUGCAAACAAGUUGUAUACUCUUGUUACGUAUAUACCGACUGCAUCCUUCAAAGGUCUUCAAACUGAAAAUGUGGAUGCUAGUCAAGAUUAAUGUAUUUCUAUAUAAUAAAAAAAUGAUGAACUAAA